GAAUUAUCGUGUACAUUCCUUCAAUUUUCUCUCCAAGUAAUGAUGAGCAAAACAAUUCAAUAUUGCCAUAAAAAAUAGUUUGCAACACGAGAGCUAAUUAAGAUCAUUUAGUUGAUGCUUAAGGAAAACAUGCAAAAUUUCUAAACGUAGUAUUUUGAGGCAAAACAACAGCAAAAAAGAAAAGCUACGAAAGGAAAAUUGUGUUUUGGUUGCUUGUAUGACGGUCAAUUCGUAAAGGAUAGAAAAGAAAGAAGAUAACAAAUACUAAAAGAAUAAAGAGAAACAUGGAUAAUAUUGCCAAGGUUGAACAUCAAGAAGAGUGCAAGGAAAUUUGUCGCGGCAAUGAAGACGAGAAAUAUGAAUCGUUACCGAUAUUGAACAAAGAGGAUGGCAGCUCCAUGUCGGACAGCAACAUCGACAGCAACAGCUCCGAUAGCAAUUCAAGUAGCUAUCAAUUGAAUGCGUUGCCUGAUGAAAUGUUGGAAUUUAUAUUAACUUAUUUGCCUCCUUACAAAGACUUAAAAAACUGUAGUCUAGUAUGCAAACGUUGGCGUAGCAUUGUAAAAAAUCUUAUCAGACGAUCAAAAAUGAAUCUACACAAAGGGUUAAUUGAUUUUCGUCUCCGAUGGGAAAUCUUUUCUCCACAGUCUGCUGGAACUUUAGAGUUGCGUAGCUGCAUACCUAAAACAUCUAUGUACGUAAUAGCAGGACGUUUUUCUCAUUCGGCAGUACGUUAUAGCAACUACAUGUAUGUGUUUGGUGGCGGCUCCUCAUCGGAUACCACAUUUAAUGAUUUAUGGCGCUUCGACUUGUCGAAAAUGCAUUGGGAACGUCCGUUUUCUAUGGGCACGUAUCCCUCACCUAAAGGUAGUGCUUCCAUGGUAUGUUGGCAGGAACAGUUGAUACUAUUCGGUGGGUGGCGUUAUCCAUCAUUACAUCCGCCUCAUCAGCCGUGGUGUCUGUUUGAUGAACUUCACUACUAUGAUUUAAUUAAGAAUCGUUGGACUGUAGCUAUAACCACACAUGGCCCACCACCGAUGGCAGGUCAUUCAGCCUCUAUACAUGGUGACAUAAUGGUAAUUUUUGGUGGCUAUCAAAUGGUGGACGGUGUGAAUUUGAAUUCAAAUCAAGUUUGGUGCCUGGAUUUGCAUAAACAAUAUUGGUGGAGGCCGCGUUUAGCAGGCAACGUCACGCCGCCUCCACGUUAUGGACAAAUUCAAUUAGUUCUAGACGACCAUCACCUACUUAUCGUUGGCGGUUGUGGUGGACCAAAUAGCGUAUUUUCGGAUGCUUGGAUUUUGGAUAUGUCCAGCGACUUAUGGUUGUGGAAAUCAGUGCCCGUACGCAAUAAGAAAUUUGCGGCUUCUCACAUGUGGUGCAAUCCAGCUUGCAAGAUAGAUUCUAAAUUAGUUGUCCUUGGUCCAACGCCAAAUAUGCCACAAGAUUUUCAACUCAUGAGACAGGCUCGAAUUCCUGUUGGUGGUGCGGCGGGAGCUCCAAAUAAUCGCAAUCGACAAUUGGAGAGGCAAAGAUGGAUUCCCGGUGAGGCUGGAAAUGGGCAGGCUGCUCGGGGUUAUGCAUUACGUGUACCUGCUCCCAAUCGUCCAAUUAAUUUCCAAUUGGAUGGUCUCAAUAUACCACUCGACGGUCCGGAUGAACAAUAUUUAGCUCAGCGCAGAGCUAUUCUCAACGAUCAUCAGCAAAAUGCUAGCAACAAUAACUUUGUCAACCAACAUAAUAACCGCAACAACAAUGUGCAACCUCGUACAGGUAGUUUAAGAAAUUUGCACAAGAUCGCUUUACAACAAAUGGAAGAGAAAAAUCAUAAUAGACCUUCUUCAUCCGGAGCCCAGCCUCGUUCUAACGGUGUAAUUGCAGCUCGCACUAACAGUGAGUCCUCCUGCAAUGGAGAGGAAGUAGAAAAAAAGAGAGAUGAUACUAAAAAUUCCGAUAUGGAAGCAGCUAAUCGUUUGCAGCGUAAUUUAUCUUUGCGAUGUCGGGAAAAUGAAUCUUUCCUGCCCAAGCGAUUCGAUGAACUCUAUGAAGAUCCAUUUCGCAUGGCUGCCUUCAAUGUGCAAAACCGUCCUCGUUCGCUGUCCAAAGAUCACAACGAACGCAUACGACGCAUGGAAGAGAAAAUGAAUGCUUUGCGCAAUUCACGACGCAAUGCAGUUGCUGAGCAGAAACCUCUAAAAGAACCUUCACCGAAAAGAGCGAAGCGAAAUGUUCUUUCAUUGUUUGUCUGUGACCUCUCAAACGCGCUGUCCGAAGAUCCGCACUUACAAUGGGUGGAACAUAAAAACUAUGGAAUUUUGCCAGGAGCACCAGAACGCCUAAUUUUAUCCACAAUGGUGCCGGGAAAUGGAGAACUAGUGCUUUUUGGUGGCGUACAAAAAGAAACGCUCUAUGAAAUGACACACCAAGUGUCAAAUUCUGUCCAUUUUUUGAGUGCACCAAAGGAUAUAGUUUAGAAAAUGAAUGGUUGUUAUAAUUUUGUUAUGCGAACUAUGUAGUAUGAACGUAAGGCUCUGAAUCUGAGAUUUUUUAUUUUUUGCAAAUUUUGAAAAGACCGAUAAAUUAUUGGUAAACUUUUAAGUAACAAAUUAUGUUCACGGAAAUAUAACAGUAAUAUGGCCGCACUAUGUACUAUGUAGCUAAAAAUAUAUACAAUUAUCUAAGCUACCAGUUGAUACUGAUUAUAAGCUAAAAA